AUGCGGAGAGAACGUCGCAAAGUAAGCGACGCACAAGACAAGGAUUCCGACGCGACAAAGACGCCAAUGUGGUGGAAGGUCGAUAGCUCAGGGAUACUAGCCAGCUUGGGUACGGCCACUGCUUCACAAGGCGUCGCAGUAUCAGAAGCGACAACCUCGACCAAUCCACAAAGUACACCCGCGUCCUCGGACGGUAGUGCAGCGGCCUCUACACCCACCAGCGCGCCGUCUCCAACAGCAACCAAUACCACAGAUCAAUCCGAUGUAUCGUCGAGCGGUGGUAUAUCGGCGGGCGCAGGAGCAGGCAUCGGCGUCGGCGCAACUGCUGCUAUAAUCAUCAUUGCGUUGCUCGCUUGGCUCUUCUUUCGCGAGCGCAAGAAGAGAAGAGCACUGCAGAAACCGGCCAUGGACACAACCAUGCAUCAGGCCCAUCCUGCUCGGAAGGAUAUGCAGGAUUACACGCACGAAGCACCACCCGAUGGGCGUACUGAGUUGGAACAAGAGAGGGCGAGAUAUGAGAUGGACGGGAGGGCGGGGCAGGAGUUGCCUUGA